AUAUAAUGAUGAACCUUCACUUCCUUUUAAACAUCCUUUAAACAUCACACAAUCAUCAAGUUACACCUAAACAUUAUAAUUAAAGAAACAAAAUAAGCUUAUAUAUAGAGAGAGAAAAAUAAUGAAGAAAAAGUCAAAGGAUGAGGCAUUGAAGAAUUGGGAGAAGAAGAAGAAGCCGUCUUCACCAAAACGGGUUGAGAAGUCUCUGAAAAAGAAGAGAGGAAGGCUCUACAUUAUUGUGAAAUGUAUUGCUAUGCUUCUUUGUUCGAACGAGUAAUCAUCAAUACAAUACACACACAUUUGUAUGUAUAAAUGAUGACAUAGAGGCAUUAAAAAAGGAAACAUAUAUAGGUCACCUGCCACAUAUCUCUUCGCUCUACGUACGGUGUUUCUUUUCAAUUUUAUGCAGGUGUAUUGUUGUUGUUAAUAUGAAUUUCUCAAUAUUUUUCUUGUCAA